CGCCGAGGGUUAGUGUGUACUGAAGAGUGGUCGUGGACGGGUCGCUGACGGCCACAUCAUCCCAGUAACCUGCCCGGAGGGACCGAUACGUGACCACUCAACACUUCGGUGUCUUUUUUGCUCCCCAGCCUCUUCCUUAAGAGACAGAAGAGCGCGAGACUCGGUGUGGCUUCGAGUUUGUUCCUUACCAUUAUCUUUUAGAGGCUCGGCCUUUCCCCUCUUUUGUGGGCAAAGUCAAGGACACAAGAAGAGUAUCUGUCCGUGCGACGAAGCGGGAAGGGAAGAUUGUACACACAAGUGAGGGGAAUCGAAGACAGCUAUGGUGAUAGAGACGAUUAUCUCCACAGGUCCAUGGGGCAAGUGUCGUUAGUGGUGACGGUUCUGUAGAGCGCCUGAGUCUCCUCAAAGGCACCAACGGCUAGGAGCCAGUAAGAAGGAUUUGCCAGCAGAGCGGUGUAGCGUGACUCCGGUGGUGUGGUGGUAGCGGUGCGUCCAACCUGGUUCUGCUCCUCCUCCUCCUCCUCCUCCACCACCACCUCCUCCUCCUCCUCCUCCUCCUCCUGCUUCCCCUGGUGGUUGCGGCGGCGGGAAACCUGUUGGGCGAGGGUCUCAGCUUACACUUGUGAGGACACGGCAGGCCUCCCUCCUUCUCUUCCUCCAACCAUCGCUCAGCUGGCCCCGAACGAGACACAGGGAGGAACAAAUAGAGAAGAAAAGAAACGAGCGAGUGAGAAAGCCUCGGGGACACGCGAGGGAGGGGAAACCAAGAAACAACCUUGUGGCUCCAUCCUUCCUUGCGCUGGCCUGGCCAACAAUUUCCUCUCAGAGGCGCAGCUGAGGCGAGGCAGCGGGACACUUUGAAGGCCAGAAGGGGCGAAACGAGUCCAGACCCUCCGAGGGCCAGUGACAGUGGAGGCACCGACGGUCCUGCCACCACGCGGCAACCGCUGCCGCGCUAACAGGUGGUUGCGGCCCAGAGGUUCGAGCGCUACGGCGAUGACGGCGGCCGAGGCCAUGACGGAGCUCUGAGACCAGUCCCGCCGCGACCGCUGGGGAGACACAGCGAGACCGACUGAAAGAAAGAGAGCGAUAAAAAGGAAAAAAAAAAUGUGAGAAGAAAUACCGCUAAUCUCGAGACACGAAGGAAAAGGAGGGAUAUACAUCCAUGUAAAUAAGGUAGUUAAAGCAGUGGAACAGAAAGUGUGACAAAAAAAGAACGAAAAAAGGAAGAGAUUUAAAAGGAACACGUAGUUUCCGAAAUAAAAGAAAAUCCGAAUUGUUUAUAUAUAAAUUUUGUGAUAAGUGAAAGAGACGUUGCCUUCAAGAUGGUGUCUGUGUUACCAUCCAUGGAUCACACGUUCUCCAGCAUGGUAGACCUCAAAGAACAGUCAGUGCUGGACCAUCAGGUGAAGAGGCAACGACUGGACCCUGAGCGAGACACGACACAGCACAGUGUUGGCAUUACCUGGGACAAGUUUACAAGGUGCGAGAUACCGGCGGUGUCCUCCCCGGCCAGCCACAGCGACAGCGGGUGCGCAUCCCCGUCGGAAGGCUCCGGCGGCGGCGGCGGCAGUGGCGGAGAAGUCCUCGCGCCCUUGGUCAACAUCGCUCGUGGGGUGUCUAUGGCAGGUUCCUCCGCGGCUACUUCUCCUGCGGCAGCGUCUUCGUCAGUGUCUUCAUCGUAUCACCAGAGCACAAGCGGUGGACCUCCUCCCCCUCCUCCCCCUGCGGCCCAGCCAGCGCCACAGGCGUCUGCAGACCCUGCUUGGCUGACGCCCACGUCCAUACACCACAACAACAACACAUUGCUCGAAGUGAAGGGCGAGCCGAGCAGUAGCAACACAGCCGCCGACGUGUUCACGGACGCCCUGCCACCCUACACGCCGGCUUCAGAAAACAAAUCCGACCUCUCAUCCUCACACCUACAGCAGCUCUAUUCCAGCACAAUGCAAGCGUACGGUGGCAACUCGUACAUGCAACCACCAGGGUUUUACAAUACCAUGCCGAACUCUCAGUAUUCCUACGGGUCGGAGUAUUUGAUAGGUUCAACUCGGGGUCUGAACCAGAGCGGAAAGACGCCCGCCGCCUCCAGCUUAGGCUCCGGCACCCUCGGCUCCUCCUGCCUGGGCUCCACGGGCUCCCUCGGAUCAGCAAGCAGCUUAGGCUCCGCCACGGCCUCGUAUCUUGCACCCUACAGCACGUUCGGGAGCAGUAGUGGAUCUCAGGCGUGCCAGAACCCCUACUAUGGCACCUCCUACAAUGCCUCCUUCGCUUCGAAUAACACACAGAAUUACGCGUCCACACAGCAGCAGGGACUGGACUCCGCGGCAUACUACUACGCUGGCCAGGCGGCUGUGACAGGGGGCUACUACUACGGCCAGGGCUACCCGGGGUACAUGGGUUCCUCCACAGCCUCCACUACGUCGGCCGCCGCCGCCGCCGCCUCUAACGGGCUAAGCACCGGCCUGCCGACGCCGCCCACGCCCACCACCACCUACCAGCUCACCCUGCCCAUCGAAACAGAUUCAGGGUUCCAGGGCGUGGACAGUCCUUCCUCUCCGCUCAAAGACACAAGUUCGCGGUCUCGCAAUGGGCGGUCUCGGCGCGGCAACCCGUCGCCGGACCCCGAGAACAAGGUGGAGCGCGUUUACAUCUGGGAUCUGGACGAGACCAUCAUCAUCUUCCACUCGCUCCUCACGGGCACCUACGCAAGGACAUUCGGGAAGGACACUGCCAAUGCUGUUCAGCUGGGCUACCACAUGGAGAAGCUGAUAUUUGACCUGGCAGACACGCACUUCUUCUUCAAUGAUCUAGAGGAGUGCGACCAAGUUCACAUCGACGACGUGUCCUCGGACGACAACGGCCAAGACCUCAGUAACUACAACUUCGCAACGGACGGGUUCAGCGCUGCCAACAGCAACGCUUCGCUGUGCCUGGGCACGGGUGUGCGAGGAGGCGUUGACUGGAUGAGGAAGCUAGCAUUCAGGUACCGCAAGAUCAAGGAACUUUUUAACAGCUGCAGGAACAAUGCCGGAAGUCUCCUGGAUCCCGAGAAUAGAGAAAAGUGGCACAGAGUUCGCCAGGAAAUCGAGACCCUGACAGACCAGUGGCUGACAGAGUCCAUGAAAUGCCUGCAGCUCAUAGCCUCGAGGCCCAACUGCGUGAACGUGCUGGUGACCACAACGCAGCUGGUCCCCGCCCUGGCCAAGGUCCUCCUCUACGGCCUCGGCUCCGUCUUCCCAAUCGAAAACAUCUACUCGGCAACCAAAGUCGGUAAAGAGAGCUGUUUCGAGCGCAUCGCCUCGAGGUUUGGUCGGAAGCCGGUGUACGUGGUCGUUGGCGACGGGAGGGACGAAGAGACAGCGGCUAAGCAGCUUGACUUCCCAUUCUGGAGGAUCCAAACCCACCAUGAUUUCGUGAAUCUGUACAAGGCACUGAGCGUUUGCGGCCUCUGAGCACCGUUUCGCUUGCCGCUUCGACUAAUCUGUUUCUUCCCCUACCUACUGCCCAGAGUUAACAGCAGUGUCAGUAAUAUUUGAAGUGUACAUUGCUUCUGCUAAUCUAUGUAAGUGUAGACUUUUUAAACCUUUCCCUCAUAGCUCAGAGUUAGUUUGUAGUGCGAGAGUAUGAAGCAUUCUGCUCAUUCCAUGUCUUUUCUCUGCACUAUCCACUUGUCUGUUUGAUGGCGGAAACAGCCGUGCACUUUCCCCAUUUAGAUCCUUUAAGCUUUUUAUCUCCUGUGAGAUGUAAUUCUCGCUAUUGGUCUGAACACGAAAAAUGUUCAACAAGGAAACAAUAGAUAACAUCAGCGGAUAAAAGUGAAGUUUGCCAUUAAAAUUUCGGCUAAUGCACAUUGUUGCUUAGAUGGAACAGACUACCAAAAAGUGAAAUCUCUUUGUGAACUUCAUAGGAAGUGUGAUUUAAGUGACAUUGUUUAUUUGUAUAAAGACUGACUUAUGAUUAUUGACAAGGAAAGUAUGGACGAAAACUUCCUGUCAAGACCCAACUGCGAAGACUGACUUGCUUUCUUUUCUUGAGCUGGCUCAGCACCAGAGCAAAGUGAGUCAGCAGUGAUUUGUAUGGACCGACACCCUCCACACGCUGGACGUAAUGCAAGUUCAAAAGAAUCCGGAAUUAUUCCGUUGUUCGCAGAAAGCAUCUGUGGAAUUUACUGCAAUGAAAUAUCUGCUAACAAGACGAAUCUAAGGACAAACAAGAAUCACAUUCAGUAUAUGUAGUGGAGUGAUGUAGUCAAUCAGUUAAUAAGGAAAUACUCGUGAUAAUGCUUGUUGAUUCCAAUAAGCACUUAAAUUAAUUGUCUGAUGUCUAAAUUCACAGUUGAAAACACAAACUUGUUAUGUAGUAGAGGUGUAUGUUUGCUCUAGACAUUCCCAAAGUACAUAUUCACAAGGUAUAUAUAUAUUUCUCAGUAUACUAACAUAUGGUUUGUGUAAGAAAAAGUGAGAUACAGCAGAAUUACUGUAAACAGCAUGGGAUGAGGAACAGUGUGUAAGUUCACCUUGCAAGCCCUUCAGAGUACCUUGUCUACUUGGAGGGGGAAUUGCAUGUUGAAACUGGAUUGCAAAUGUUUCUGUAUGUGGCAAAGUAUUAAUGUUUUGCGAAUUGCACUCCUUAGUUAAGGCUUGUUCUGGUUGAUUGUAAAGUCACAGCAAUUCCACAAAUUGGUGGUACAGCAUUGUGCCUGUAAAGACUCUUUGUGUUGUAGUGCUGUCACUGAAUACUUUUCUGUAUAUAUCUGCCUCUUUUACCAUUACAAUGAAGUAGUUUCCCAGCCAAAAGUGAUACAUGAACUGUUUGGUGAACAGAAUGCCUGUUAGGUAGUUAUUCCUGCUUUGAAAAGUCCAUUUAAAUGGCAUAAAACAACGUUCCAUUUAUAUAACCAGAUGAAUUAUCCCUAAUAGUAAUGUUUGUACAAAAUGUAAAGCAUUAGAUGAUUGUCCUAAUCUGCUUUGUACCUUAAUAUUUGUAGUGACUGUAGUGUCUGAAGUCUGGAAUAUAUCACUGGCCAGUUAACCCACAUUUAUAUUUCUACUGCUUGACAAUGGUACCUCCCUUCAGAGAAAAAUUGAUACAGUAGAAGGCCUCUUAUAUAUCCCAGUUUUCUUUUUAAGAUAUUGUGAUAAUGCAGUUAAUUUUUUAUACAAGCUUCUACACAAAAGGAUUGCAGUAGCUGAUGGAUAUUAGAUUUCCUGGCCUUUUCCCUUAUCAUUGAGAUGAGACUUGAUUUAGGGCCAUGUUCAGCCGGUCGGAGUGAAGGACUGCGAUGAUGCUGUACUUUAAAGAAAAUUAUUGCGAGUAAAGUAUUAUACUGAUGCAGUGAUAUGGUUAGCAUCAGUGUUGGUGUACAUUUGGCUAUAUCCUCAAUCCCAUUUUGUUUAUUAUAUUUAUUACUCUCUCACCCUUCAAACUGGGAACAUGAUAAAGCUAUCCAAAUAUCUUGCAUGUAGAUUGAUAUUUAUGUAGGAUAUCAGUUAUUGUUAAGUAUAACUUCGUAACUGAAAUAUAGCACCUCAGCAAUAAGCUGCUUUUUCUUAAUUGUUAGGAAGUGAAACCUUUUUAUCUCACUAGGUUUAAUUGGUACGUCAGCGCUGCCUCCCGAAGUAGUCCAAUGUGUUCGAGAAAUGGAAAUUCUUAUCAGGGGGAUAUCCAGAUCCGCCUGUUGAUUGACAGAGCGCAUUUACAGUGAUACUUCUGUUUAGGGCAAAUGCUGGGAACUGUUCACGCAAGACAGUUACUAUUCCAGUCACGCUGUCCCAAUCGACUCUGUUUAGUAUCAUUUUACAUUUUUACAGAUUCUUAUUCUUGUUCUCAUUACUCCUUCAUACUCUUCUUUUAAGCAAAUCAAAUAGCAUUCUGUUUGUCAUAAUUAUAAUGUCUUUCAUAUGUAUUUCCAAACCAUUUGUUAUAAUGCCUGUAGGUAGUCCUGACUGCAAAAGCAGUUGAAAGUAUCUGGGAUAGAUCUUCGAAUGCAGAGUUGCAUCUAUGUCCUUCGUCACAAAGAAAUUAAUGGGGAUUGUCGUUAUCAUUAUUAUUUUGAAAAAGUCGGUCAGUGAGCAUUGUCAGGCAUAAAAUGGCUGAGGUAAAACACCUGGACUUAUAUUUAUUUACAUAUACAGGUGUUUUACAGUAAGAUGUCUUGUGGGCUUUAAAUCUGCUCCAUAUGGUUUCGUCUGGGAGUAUUGAGUCUGUUCUUUAAAUUCAUCAUCCCAGAUCAUGUCUCAUUUUUGUGUACCAGUAGAAGAUGAUGGUUUCAAGAACAUUUUUCGAAAUGGGAAUUUUCGCAAGAUGCUCAAAAUGUACUGUCUGAUUUUAAUCAAUAUUUUAUUGACUGAGCUUUGUGGUUUUAUCACCCCAUCAAUGGGACUGACUGUUAUGAAGCUGAAUACCAGUGCAAAAUAGUUCCCAUCUUGCAAAAUAGGAUUCUGAUGUGAUAUAGCUUCCAGCCAUGAUCUACUACUGAUGCACAAGCUUCUGAAAAACAAAUGCCUGCGGUGGGAAUGAACACGAAUGUGAUGCAGUAAUUAUGACUCAAUAAUCCUCUGAUUGAGCUUCUUGGUGAAGUGAAAAAUUCCAUAAUUACUGAACUGUUUUUGUAAAUGUAAUUUCAGUAUCCAUUCUCUUUUAUUUUUAAAGUAGGUAGUAGGUAGACUGCCUGUGUGAAAAUGGUCAACGUCACAAAAUUUAAACUUGCACUUUUGGACACAAAUGUGAAGUUAAUGCACAACCUAAAAGUACGAACUUUUGUUUAACUGUAAAAAAUGCAGGCAAUAUCUCCUGUUAAUCUGACUAUAUCUGGACUUCCUUCAGUAUUUGUAAUUCUUAUUAAUGUAUGGUUACAAAUAUGUGAGUAAUAAAUUACUAUACUUUUA